AUGGCAGAAACUGCUCCAGCACCAGCUGCUCCUGCUCCGACUAAAGCUCCCAAGAAGAAGACCGCGGCAAAGCCCAAGAAAUCGGGUCCCAGCGUGUCGGAGCUGAUCGUCAAGGCUGUGUCUGCCUCCAAGGAGCGCAGCGGGCUGUCCGUGGCGGCGCUCAAGAAGAUCCUGCAGGCCGGCGGCUACGAUGUGGAGAAGAACAACUCCCUCGUCAAUAGAGCCCUCAAGAGCCUGGUGACCAAGGAGACCCUGCUACAGACCAAGGGCACCGGCGCCUCGGGCUCCGUCAAGCUCAAUAAACAGGCGGCUGAAGCCAAGGAGAAGGCGGCCAAGAAGAAGGCAGCUCCCAAGAAACCAGCGGCAAAGAAAGCGGUUGUCAAGAAAACAACGAAAAAGGUUUCGGCAAAGAAAGCAGCGACACCCAAGAAGACUCCAACGAAAGCGAAGAAACCGAAAGCUACGGUGAAACAUGGCGGCGCCCCGCAGGUACAGCUGUGCCCAAAGGUGUUGCAUUACUUUGAAUUGUGUGAUUGA